CUAUAAUUGUUGUAAAUCGGUCAGUCUAGGUUUCGGCCAUCUUGGGUUUUCUGGAAUUGCUUAUGAGUAGAAAAAAAUUAUUGUUUGUACACAAUAUUCUUUAAUCUGGAUACCUCCUGCAUAGCAUAGCAUGCUCCAGUUACUAAUAUAUAUGCAUUCAUAGCUAUGGCCGAAAGGAGAAAAAUCCAAGGUGAGAUAGACCGAUGCCUUAAGAAGGUUGCUGAAGGUGUUGAAGUCUUUGAAGAUAUUUGGAAAAAGUUUAACUCCUUCCAGGUACAGUCUGCUUCUAACAGCAACCAGAAAGAGAAAUACGAAACAGAUCUGAAGAGGGAAAUCAAGAAAUUACAGAGACUUCGGGACCAAAUUAAAACAUGGGUUGCCAACAGCGAUAUCAAGGACAAAAACAGUCUUCUAGAUCACAGAAAAUUGAUAGAAACGCAAAUGGAAAGAUUCAAAGUGGUGGAAAGAGAAACAAAGACGAAAGCCUACUCAAAGGAAGGAUUGGGAGCGGCUGCCAAACUCGACCCGCAGACGAAAGAGAAGGGAGAGUUGACAAACUGGUUAUCUAUGAUGAUUGAUCAACUGAACUUACAACUAGACCAGUUUGAAAGUGAACUAGAACAGUUAUCGUGUACAACAAAAAAAAAAAAGCUUGAUAAAGAGCAAAAGCAAGACAGAUUGGACGAAUUGAAAGCGCAUCAAGACCGACACAAGGAUCACAUAAAACGGCUGGAAAUCAUUAUGAGGAUGGUAGAUAAUAACCAGCUCGCUAUGGAUCAGAUCAAGAAGAUCAAGGAUGAUGUAGAGUAUUAUGUGGAGUCGAAUCAGGAACCCGGUUUUGAAGAGAACGAGUUUAUAUAUGACGAUUUAGAUCUGGAUGAGUCUGGUCCGGUGUUGCUGGCGUCUUCGCCCCCUGAUAACGACGAUCCUGACCAUGAAAAGUACAUGAGCAUGGGCACCCCAACAUCAACAAACUCUAGUUCCCCAUCACCUAGUCCGAGUUUAAAUGCUAACCAUUCCGUUGGUAAUGCGUUAGACAUGCCAGCUUACAUUGUGGAUAAAACAGAAGAUAAUGACAGAAAAAGACACAGAUCCCAGUCAGAUGAUAAAAACAGAAGCAAUCAAUCUUCAACACCGACAGCCAUUAAAACUCCAACAAAGCAAACAUUUCACAACAACUCUGUUUCAUUACAAAACUCUGAGAGUAGUACAAACAGCAAUCAUCAUCCGACAACGCCCACUCCACCUUUGACAGCAUACGCAGCAGCAGCAGGCAGUCAGAACAGCACGUCCACCGAUCGGUUAACCCAACCCGUUCCCUCUGUAUGGGGGCAGCGAAAUGUAGCCAAUCAAAGUAGCCUUCUACAGGAUGGGAAAGCUCAGGUGAAUUCUAUAGACCAUGCGGCUGCUAGCAGUGUGACGAGUAAUGGAACGCCUCACCCCGUGCCGACUAACACAAACUCUGUCUCUGGUUUAAACUCGUCGGGAAACCCAUCGGUUUCGUCGGCACCGUCACCGUUGUUGAGUGCUGGUGCUGCAUCUCCGUCAGUCGGGUCAACGAACUCAUCCGCGUCAUCGUCAUUAAAUCUGUCACACCAAAACAGCAAGCCAGAAUCGUCAGUUGUCAUGAACGGCCCGUUGAGUUCGGGAAGUUCCUCGUUAGAGAGCUCUGAAUCAAUUUCACCUUUAAAAUCUAUGGCUCAGCAAGCGGUCAUGGUGCUCCGGUUAGAAAGCAAGCUACCAGUAUCAUCAGAUGUCACAACAGAAACAAAUGCAGGAGUGUUUCUCAACUCGACAGUACCCCAGUCCCCACAGCAGCCCACUGCCCCAUCACCCGACCAGUCUAGUGUGACGCACUCUCAAUCUCAGUCGUCGCUGCAGCCCUCCCCAGUAGCUCCGCAGACGACGACGAUCCACUUAAAUCCGUUGCUAGGCGUGGCGCCGCUCGGGCCCAUGCCACUGAUCAAGGAACACUAUUGUCAGCUGGCGAUGCUUGAGGCUGGCUUCCAUCACCUACCACAUCCAUCAGACUCGGAGAGAUUACGGCACUAUUUACCACGGAAUCCCUGUCCUACACCCUCCUACUACCAUCAAGUACCUCCUCCACAUGCUGACUCUGUAGAGUUCUUCCAAAGAUUAUCUACAGAAACAUUAUUCUUCAUAUUUUAUUACAUGGAGGGUACAAAGGCUCAAUAUUUGGCAGCAAAAGCAUUGAAAAAGCAAUCUUGGAGGUUCCAUACAAAAUACAUGAUGUGGUUUCAAAGACACGAAGAACCAAAAACUAUUACUGAAGAUUUCGAACAGGGCACAUAUAUAUACUUCGACUACGAAAAAUGGGGCCAACGGAAAAAAGAAGGUUUCACCUUCGAAUAUCGGUUUCUCGAAGACCGGGACUUGAAUUAAUGUUUGAGCUUAUAGCCAUGUGAUCUUGGAUGUGCAAUCCACAUCCUUUCGUGACUCGGUGCAUAGAGAGGAGCCCUGACUAAACGCAGGACCUUGGAUGCUACUACCUGACACUUACCAGUGAAUGGAUGGAUGGAGAGUGCUCAUUUGUGCUCUCACUGACAACACGCGAGUUGAUCUCACAAAAACGGGUUGUUUUUGUAUCACUUGUCAUGCUGCUGUUCAUACAACUUCAAAAUGUCGCAGGCUCCCAGCGGCUACCUUCAGCAGACACGCUUUUCCCUGUUGCUUUCAGAGGUGGGAGUAUGUGGCCAAAAUAGUUGUCACCUACUUGAUCCAUGUAGACAGAACCUAUGGAAUAGUGGCUGUGCUAAGAUAAACAGUAUUAUAAGGGCGUGGGUGAACAAAAAAAAGGAGAAGGAAAUUGAUAACGGAGAGCUGUUUGUUAUGAAUUUUGGUGCACGUUGUGAGUUAACAAAGUUAAUGUUAUUUCAUACUAAUAUCCAUUAGUUUGUUUUCUCACAGCUGUAAUCUAUAACGUCCGUUUUCUAGUGUACCUAGUCUUUUGAACAUGUCGGAUUGUCAUUGUUGAUCAAAUAGGGAGGGGGUUUUUUUAAAGAAAAUUUUACAAACCUGCAAACUGCCAUGUGUUUCUGUCGACUAGAUCUGGCACAGAAAGCAACGUGGAAGUCGUGUUUGUAGAAGGGGCCCAGUCCGAGUCUGGAGCAGCAAGCACCUGCCAUUUGUCAUUAACAGUGUGGCCGUCCAUGAACAAAUGAGUGUAGUGUGACUGCGGGCAAAUGAUUGUCCACUGUUGGUGUGUGUCUGACGUCAUCUUUCUUACUCGACCAUGAGCAUGUGUUGUUAUUAGAGAGCUCACACUCCCUAUUGUCACAAACAUGGUGGUUUGUCGAAUAUUGAACCAAUGUAGGCGUACAUGUUUACUCCUCUUUCAUUCUAGUGUAGAUCAUUUCAUCUAAUUUACCACUAGCAAUAUGACAUCUGACACAUGUAUAAUUAAAAAUAAUAAUUCUACAAGCCAUUAACACUUACAGUUUUAAUUCAUUUUUGAAAAAUAAUAAAUUCAAACAACUGCAUUUCUUAACAAAUUUGAAUUUAGAUAAUUUAAUAUAUUCUGACAUACCAGCAUGUUUACACUAGUGACAUUUGUGUGUGAAUUCUACCUUUUCUUAAGAAGCUUUUGGUAGCUGCAAAUUUUCUAUGAAUUCUAUUCUUUUAAACUCUAUGUACCAUAAGCUGGAGGUAAUUGGUUUUGAAGACUGAAUUUGAAUGAAAAUUGCACAGUACAGCACAGAAGUAUCGUUUCAGUAAUGUCCGUGAAUACCAUUGAAAUCUGUGAAUCAUCUACUUAAUACGAACCUCCGUCUGGUGUGCACCUGAACACCCCUGAUGUUUAUUAUUUCCUUAUGAAGAUCUGUUACAUUAGUUGGUUUUUGUUUUUUGUUACCUUAUUUUAAAGUCAUGGGAAUCAUGAUUUGAUUACAUAUCAAGAACAAAAUGUCUUCUUGAGUUCUGAUAAAUGAUUGUGACAUUUCUUUUUCAGUUAUUAUGUGAAGAUUUAUGCACUUCUUAUUGUUAUAUUGGGGAUAACACUGACGACAUGUUUAUAUUGUACAUGACAGCAGAAACCAGUUUCUUACAUACACAUAAUUCUUACCAAACACUGGUAACUAAAUGUAUUCAUUUGGACAAGUAAUUGUCAUGGCAUCUGGUCAGGAAAAGGCUAAUGGAUUGAUUGAUCAUUCUGUUGAACAAGUAAAUCUAAUGCUGAGUGUGCUUGGGUGAAAGGAGAGUUGUUGACUUGAAGAUAUCAGUUUCUGCAGAGCUAUGUAUUGAAAUUAUCUGGUUGAUAGGGCUUAUUUUAACUUGCCUUGAAGCACUAUUUUAUAGGGCAAGUGAUUGUCGCCAGUUAAUAAGAGCAUACAUUUUCAUUCUUCUUUAUCACUGCUUAAUGUUUGCUAGGGGUUUUUUUUUCUUGGGAAGUGUAACGGCUGAGUAGUAAAAACAGUUGAGUAUUAAAUAUUUCAUGUUAAAACAGAUCACCCAGCACUGUACUUGCGGUUGUAAUAUGAAGAAUAUCGUGUUUGGAGGAAGCUUUUUGUAACAUGCUCUGUAGCUGACUGUUUGAAAUUGAAUAUCUAAUAUUUUGGCACAUACAUUUAUUCUCACACCUGACUACGCAUGUCAUUGAACUACAGUGCUCUUUGAACUGAUGAACUGAUGCAACAUUAAAAACAUACAUUUUUUAAAUCUAUGGUCAGAAAUUUAUUACAUAUGGAUUCUUAGCAUACUGUAGAAUUUCACCAAGAAAAGUUAAAAUGUGAGGAAAGGAAAAAAAAUGACUGCAGUUUGCAGUUGCUAUGAUCUUUAGUUCAAACCUAAGUCGCACAUUAGUAUAUCGCAACCCAAAUGUUUCAUCUGUCCCAUUAACAGAAAUAGCAUUGUGGUAAGCUGGUAGGGUUAUGGAUGGAAAGAAAAAAGAAUUCACCGAAUGUUAUUUUACACAGUCGUAUCUUCUCCAUGUCGUUCACUAUGUUGUAUUGAGUGCUACUCCAAGAAGUGCUAAUCUUGAAUGAAUACUGCCUUUGUUCACAAUUAGACAAACAUCUAAUAAUUCUUCUGAUGAAUUGUUUUAAAUGUGUUGUGAUCAUUAAACAUUCUAUUGUU